AUGGACCCACACUCACCCUCGUUCAGCAGACUCAGGGAGAACAGCACGACGCAGGGCUGGGGUGAUGAGGCGACGCGGGGCGUCAUGACGGCGGACAACAUGCUGGAGGACCUACCCGUGGAGCGGUACGAGCGCGGGCGUCAGGGAUGCUGCGAGAGAGUUGUGAUCAAUAUCUCGGGAUUACGGUUUGAGACGCAACUCAAAACUUUCAACCAGUUCCCAGACACACUGUUGGGAGACCCGAGGAAGAGGAUGCGAUACUUUGACCCGUUACGGAAUGAGUACUUUUUUGAUAGAAACAGACCCAGCUUUGAUGCCAUACUGUACUACUACCAGUCUGGAGGGCGCAUCCGCAGACCCGUCAACGUGCCCAUUGAUGUCUUCUCUGAGGAAAUCAGAUUUUACCAACUUGGAGAGGAGGCCAUGGAGAAAUUCAGGGAGGACGAGGGCUUCAUAAAAGAAGAAGAGCGAAUUCUCCCCAAAAAUGAUUUCCAAAAGCAGGUUUGGCUCCUGUUUGAGUAUCCUGAGAGCUCAGGGCCAGCCAGGGGUAUAGCCAUCGUGUCGGUGCUCGUCAUCCUGAUUUCUAUUGUUAUAUUUUGUAUGGAAACUCUGCCUGAGUUCAGAGACGACAGGGACCAGUCCACAGUGGCCCCAGUUAUCAAUGGCACGUCCACUUCGCGUCCGAAUCCGUUUACAGACCCUUUCUUUGUGAUCGAGACGCUGUGCAUCAUCUGGUUCUCUUUUGAACUACUGGUCAGGUUUUUCGCAUGUCCUAGUAAGACGACCUUCUCCAAAAACAUUAUGAAUAUCAUAGACAUCGUAGCCAUUUUCCCAUACUUUAUCACACUUGGGACGGAGCUGGCUGAGACGCAGACAAACGGAGGGCAACAGGCGAUGUCUCUGGCCAUCCUCAGAGUGAUCAGGCUGGUUAGAGUGUUUCGUAUCUUUAAGCUCUCACGACACUCUAAAGGCCUGCAGAUUUUGGGGCAGACUCUCAAAGCGAGCAUGAGGGAACUGGGCUUGCUCAUAUUCUUUCUAUUUAUUGGAGUAAUUUUAUUUUCUAGCGCUGUUUACUUUGCCGAAGCAGAUGACCCCACAUCCAGCUUCACCAGCAUCCCGGACGCGUUCUGGUGGGCCGUGGUGACUAUGACCACAGUGGGGUACGGAGACAUGCACCCGGUGACGAUCGGGGGGAAGAUUGUGGGUUCUUUGUGCGCCAUCGCCGGAGUCCUGACCAUCGCCUUACCCGUGCCUGUGAUUGUGUCCAACUUUAACUACUUCUACCACCGGGAGACGGACGGUGAGGAGCAGCCAGUCUACAAGCACACGACCAGCUGCGACCACCUCCCCCCAGAGGAGCUGAAGGGGUCGUAUAGCUCCUCUUCGCUCGGUAAAUCGGACUAUAUGGUGAUCGAAGAAGGCGCGUUCACACAGCCCAACUUCACCACAGAGAACACGCAGAACUGUGUCAAUAUCAAGAAGAUAUUCACAGACGUGUAA